AGGCAACUUGUUGAUUGCCCAAGAGCGGGAAAAGUUACCUUAGCUAAUGAGUAACCAAAGUGAUUAAUUUCUUCAUGUGAUCGCCACGUGAUCCAACAUUUUACAUCCAGCCAGUAAAGUUGCUCGAUUUGUCCUGAUUCGUUUGAGUAAUCUUUGCGCAGGCGUAAUGGCUGGACUUGCAGCUGGUAUCCGCAGAAUUGCGUCGAGAACGUUCUCCACAGCAGGUGUCGCAAUGAGCAGAGCGUUCGUGCAGCGUGAGGCUCCGUCGUUUGCAGGAGAGGCCGUUCUUCCCAACGGAUCAUUCGGACACAUCAAACUAUCAGAUUACCGAGGAAAGUACGUCGUUCUCUUUUUCUAUCCUUUGGAUUUCACGUUUGUGUGUCCGACGGAGAUUAUUGCGUUCAGUGAUCGUGUGAAGGAGUUUCGCGACUUGAAUUGUGAAGUCGUCGGCUGCAGCGUCGAUUCUCAUUUCAGUCAUCUCGCAUGGACGAACACGCCUCGCAACAGAGGCGGUCUCGGCAAGAUGGAGAUUCCCUUGCUGUCCGAUAUCACCAAGAAGAUAUCUAACGAAUAUGGCGUUCUACUCGAAGACCAGGGCAUUUCAUUAAGAGGUCUCUUUAUCAUCGAUGGCAAGGGCAUUCUACGUCAAAUUAUUGUCAAUGAUUUGCCGGUCGGCCGCUCAGUAGACGAAGUGCUACGUCUUCUACAAGCAUACCAGUUCACUGACGAACAUGGCGAAGUCUGUCCGGCAGGAUGGAAACCGGGCAAGAAGACGAUCAAACCUGGUGUGAAGGAAAGCCAAGAAUACUUUGCCAAAGAGAAUUAAGAAAUUAUAUUGAUGCCACAUCGUGCAUCUAAUUUAUAGAUCAACUCGUGUGUCUUUUUCUGUACAAUUUGUUGUUGUUGUUGUUGUAAAUUUGUUGAGACAAUAAUGUGGUAUGUAAUAGUCAAUCACGUGACUAUAUGUGUGGAUGAGUGUGGCGUAUCCAUGAUCACUCUAAUUGCUGAGUUGAUAUCAACUAAUGAAGCCUAACACAAGCGGGGACGUUUGUAUUGGUCAACUGAUGUCAGUGGCUUGUUGAUAUAAACGUGAGUAUGCCUUUUCAAGAGUUUCGUCGAAGAGUAAUCUGUGGGGCCGACCUGUCCAUUCCUUCAUACGAUCUGACCAGUAGUCGUCGCCACCGAGAUGGACAGUCAUACUGAACACAAACCAGAGUUAGAGUAGGCUACGUCAUCAUUGUCUGUCUGUCUGUCUGACACAACUACCUCUACCUUUUGUU